CUCUCAAUCCCCCCACCACACGACAAACCAAACCAUGGCUUUCCCCGGCGGCCUCCCCGGCGCCAUGAACCCCAACGCCGGCAUGUCGGAGCAAGAAGCGCAAAUGGUCAAGAUGAUGCAAAGCGGAAUGGAGAGCUGCGUGGGCAAAACCGCAAUGGCAGGCGUAAUGGGCGGCGGGUUGGGCGCCAUGUUCGGGCUCUUUAUGGCUUCGAUGCGCUACGAUACGCCUAUGUCGCAGCCUUUGGCCGCUACGGCACAAACACCAACUGCGACGACGACGGCGGCGACGGCGGCGGUAGGGGGUGUGAAACAAGUACCCGGCGCUGUGUCGUCCGUCGCUACCAGCAUACCCACACCCACCGCCGCCACCACAACCCCCACCGCAGCAGCAACAGCAACAGCAACCCCCCUCACCGACCUCCCCCUCAAACAGCAACUCAAACACGGCCUACGAGACAUGUACCGCCAAUCCCUCGCCUCAGGGAAAAACUUCGCUAAAGUCGGCGCCAUCUUCAGCGGCACCGAGUGCGCCAUCGAGGGCCUGCGCGCGAAAAACGACCUGUAUAAUGGCGUCGCGGGCGGGUGUAUUACGGGCGGGGUGUUGGCGAGGAAUGCGGGGCCUCAGGCGGUUGCGGUGGGGUGUUUGGGGUUUGCGGCGUUUUCGGCCGCGAUUGAUGCUUAUAUGAGGAUGCCGGAGGAUGAACGGAGUCGGCCGAUUGCGUAG